GUCAGACGGCGACAAGCCAACACCACUGCAGCGAAGGCGAUAACAUAGGGGGAUAGACUAACGACUUUUGACGUUGUUUUUAUAGAGGUUUAUUAUAUCGUAGCACUGAAGUGAAUUGCAGGAAUCAUUUUUUCAGAAUGACACUGGCAUUCCUGCCUAUGAUCGCCUUGACCCUGAGCACAGGCGUCGCCCUUACAUCCGGCCAGGGUGCAAUUUUCCCGACUUCCGGUCAGGAUGGCCUUGCGCAGACCAUGGCUAGUCCCGAUGCCCUCAGGAAUAUUGCCCAAGGCUUGCCCAGGGCCCCUGUGGUUCCCAAAUCCAGGCGUUUACUGACUCCUCAGGAAAGAGCCGCAAGAAGAAGCAUUUUUACGGAAUCUAACCAAAUUCGAUCAGAACUAGAAAACGCUCUUCGAAAUGUGUCUGAUAAAGCAAGCCGCAUGGGAGAAGCACAAAGAAGAUCCACAGCUUUUGGUCCGUUUAUGAAUGUAAAUAGGAAAGCGCAGAGAAUUUCCAAAACUGGUGCCAUAUUCACGUCUCUUCUGGAAAGACAGGGUGGAUCUGAUGUCAAUAUCAGGACAAUUGAAGCAAUGGCCUGUCCCUUCCGGGAAACCAUCAACUGUGUGGCGACCACCAAAUUUAGGACGGCUGAUGGCUCGUGUAACAAUCUGUAUAACCCGAUGUGGGGGAAAUCCAACACUCCUUUCGAUAGAUUUAUACCACCCCAUUAUGGCGACGGAAUGAACUCUCCACGUAAUGAAUCUAUAUUUAGAACGCCACUUCCACUGCCCCGAGUCAUCAGCACGGGAGUCCACAAAAAGAGCACUGUAGCCAAUCUGCAUCCAGAUAUCAGUCACAUGACCAUGGAGUUUGGGCAGUUUGUCAGCCAUGACAUCAACUCCAAUACGCUCUCGACUGGUGUAAAUGGAUCUGCUCUGACUUGUUGUAACCCGGACGGAAGUAUUGAUACUGACCCAGACAAAAAGAUGUUGGGUUGUCUGCCCAUUGUGCUCCCACCAAACGAUCCCUUCUUCUCUCAGUACAACCGAAGUUGUAUGAAUUUUGUGCGGGCGGCUCCCACACCGGACAUUCAUUGUGAUCGUGGUUACCGCGAGCAGCUGAACCAAGUCACUCAUUUUCUUGAUGUCUCCACCAUUUACGGUAGUGACGAGGAAAGCAUGAAUGAACUGAGGACGAUGUCUAAUGGUCUGCUAAAAGUCACGAGCAGCCCUAAUGGAGACUUACUAAUGCAGAACCCAGCUGCUACGGGGACUCCCGCUUGUCGCACAACGGGUUCCCAACAUUGCUUCAAAACAGGAGAGGGUCGAGCUAAUCAGCAGCCAGCUUUGAUGACUCUUCAUACACUUUUCAUGAGAGAACAUAACAGAGUAGCCAGAAAGCUCCAUGAGCUGAGUCCGUCUUGGGACGACGAACGCCUAUUCCAGGAAGCCAGGAAAGUGGUCGGCGCUGAAGUACAGCACAUCACUUACAACGAGUACCUGCCAACCAUUAUGGGGACCAGUUUUGUCAACGCUUUUGGUUUCAAUGCGCAGCCAGCCGGGUCAUACUACACCGGGUAUGACUCGUCAUUCAAACCCGGCGUAAGAAACGGCUUUGCCGCGGCGGCAUAUCGCUUCGCCCACGGUACCGUGCGGGAUCACUUCGCCCCAGGUCAUCUUUUCAAGGAUCAUUUCUUGACACCGGAAGUGAUGUACCAGAAUGACAAGGGACCGAGUUUCGUGGUGAGGAAUCUUAUUCAGGAAAACCAGCAAGGCUCGGAAAACCUACUAACAACUCAAGUGACCAAUCACAUGUUCGAGAAUGCACCAGGAACCGGAUUGGAUCUGGCCAGCACUAAUAUUAAUAGAGGGCGUGACCAUGGGUUGCCUAGUUACAACCAGUGGCGGGCGUGGUGCGGACUCCCGACGAUAAACAGUUUCACCACUGGACCCGGGGGUUCCCCUCAACACACCCAGGCCAUGCUGGACUUGUUACAGAACGUUUACAGCCAUCCAAGCGACAUUGACUUGUGGACAGGGAUUGUUACUGAGAUCCCACUAGAGGGCCGAGCCGUUGGGCCGACGGGAGCGUGUUUGAUUGGUCGACAGUUUUGGGUGUUGAAGAAUUCCGACAGAUUCUACUACGAAAAUGACGAUCCUGCCACGAAGUUUGAAAUGAACCAAUUAGACGAGAUCAGAAAGACAUCCCUAGCCAGAAUUAUCUGUGAUAACACCAACCUGACCUCCGUACCCGCUGAUGUGUUUGAAACGGCAUCAAGCAAAAACCCAACCGUGCAGUGUUCCACUCUACCGGAAGUUGAUUUGUCUCAUUGGGUGUCAUGUGACGGGCGCGGCUGGUCGGAUUGGUCUGCCUAUACCCGUUGUUUCGGAGGCUAUCGACGAAGAUCCAGAACAUGCCAAAUGGCCUGCGCCGAAAAUUGCGUCGGAAACUCUUUUGAACUCAAUCCAUGCUCCAGUCAAUUCAACUAUCCUUCCUGGUUUCGUACCUAGGGACAAGACGAUUUGGGCACAUCAACAGUCGUAAUAGAGGUGAUAGAGGUAACACGGUGUUUGUAUAUCUGUCUAUGUGUCUGUGUAAUGAUCCACAAAAAUGGAUCUGUAUAGGUCUGUAUAAAUGUCACGAAAUAACGAGGAAAAAUUAUGAACCAGUGGAGCAGAGCCUGCCACAAUGAUCGUGACGUUGUAACUAUGGGCAUCAGGCUGUAACCAUGGACGUUAUGUCGUAACCAUGGGACCACUCUGUAACCAUGGACGUUAUGUCGUAACCAUGGGACCACUCUGUAACCAUGGAUGUUAUGUCUUAACCAUGGGACCACGCUGUGACCAUUAACGUUAUAUCGUAACCCUAGGACCACGAAGGGACAAUAUUUAUCACGGAUUUCCUCCACAGUGCUGUUUUAUUUUAACUGCUUAAGAUCGACUAUUCCCGAGAAAACGCAUAUAUCCGAGAGAGUAUACCCUUAUUAUCAACGUCGUGAUCAUUGCCGUUUUAUUUUUAUCGUUAUUGUCAUCAUAAUGAAGAAGAUAACAAAGUGAGAAUGUUAGAUCCAUCUCAUUGGGAGUAGCAGCUGCUGAAACGUUGCACAAAAUUCUUACACAGCUGAGUCGAAUUUCUGUAAAUUUUGCUGAGGUUAAUAUAUAAUCCAUGAUAUAUUUUAUAAUUAAAUUUUAUUUUGUAUAAUAUGUAUAAUUAAAUUUUAUUUUUUAUAAUUAAUUCUAUUGUGCUUAAUUACAUUUUGUGAUAAUUAUAUACACAUUGUGAAAUGUAAUAAAGAUUUGAAAUGCA